GUUAAAGCAAAAGGAAAAUGGCUAGCUUUAGUUGGUAUCAAAGUAUCGCAUUUAUUUUACUGCUGUUUCACUUGUCAAAGGCAAAUGUCAUAUUCACAUCGAGGCCUCCUAAUCCAACCUACGUUAAUAAUGGAAGUACUGCAAAACUGGUGUGGGACUACAGUGACCCAAACAAUGUUGUUGUUGGCAUUGCUUUUAGUGUUCUGGUGACUGGUAAAGGGUUUAAAAGAAUGCUGUUUAAAGAGAAUGGUGUUGUUCAGGAUCAUCAAGAUUUACCUGAUGCAUACAGAGGGAGAAUCAGCAUGGAAGGAAAGGCCACCUUAGUCAUCACGAAAGUAACUCCCAAAGACAACACAAUGUUUCGUUGCUUGUUAUUUGAUAAGAUAAAUUAUCUUAAAGAUACUGUUCAGCUUACUGUGGCAGCUUUUUAGUUUCAUCGUUGAUUUCACCGAGAGAACUUCUGGUUUAGAGUUCCCUUUUUUCGCGGCCUACAGCGCCAAUACAAUGUAAGUUCCUAGUUAUUAUGUUCAUGGUGUUCGCUUUAGCCGUUUUUCAGUUUUAUAUUUUUGCAUUUGUAAACUUGUAUAUUUGUUGGUUCUUCAUUAGGUCAAACCUCUUCCUCUGAUCGAGUGUUUGAAAUCAUUGCUGUAAGCGGCCACAAAAGGACACACCUUUUGGCAGAAACAUAGUUUGAAAUUGUCAAGUUGGUAUGAGGAGAUAAUGGAUACUGGCGCUGAUAAAGCUUUAGAUUCUGAUGAUGGGAAUGGCGUUCGACCUAGGAUGCCGAGUAAACAACUGGAUCAAGAAGGCGUUCUCCUCGAAAGGCUUCGCCGACUCAAGAAUGAGAGAUCAGGCUAUCUUUCUACAGUUAGUGCUAGGGGAAACAAAAUUGAUGCGCUGUUAUCUAGCGAGGAAAACAUUCAUCUCAUAAAGGAAAAGUUGCCUGGCUUCCUAGCUGCUGUUGAAAGGUUUAAAGAAGCUCAUCUAGCCUAUUCGUCGAAUCUUCAGGAUGACGUUAGCUUAGCAAGAUGUCAAGAGCAGUUAAAUUUAGAGUCUUCGUGGGCCAACCUCUUUUAUCAAAGAACUCAACAGUGGAUCAAAGGAUCAGAGGAGCUUCUCAGGUUGAACUCUCAGGUCAAUCCCAAAGAUUCAGUGAGUCAGAUCACUUUUCAGGACACAACUAAGUCCUCGUCAAAGAAAUCACAACGUUCGAGUUAUAGCGGUUCAAACAGGAGUGAUACGUCAUCCUUAGCAUUCGCACGAGCAAAGGAAGUGGGACGUAUUGCUGAGCUCGAAGCGGAGGCAGCUGCACUAGAGAAACGACGAUUGUUAGAGGAGCAAAGGUUACGUUUGCAGCAAGAACAGGAACGUCUUACACUUGAACCGAACUCGCUAAGUCUAAAGCUAAAGAAAGAGUUUUAUCUUCAGUUAUGGAAGCUGUUCCGCGUCCAUUUGUGCCGAAUCCAAUAAAACUAGAAUCCAAGAAGGGUGAAGGAGAGGUUCAAGCACCUAUUAUCGGACUUGAAGCAAAGCCAGUUGGAGAAAAUGGUCAUUUAUCAGUUGCCGUUGGUUGUUCUACCCUAAAUCCGGAA